CCAGCGCAUGUGCUUUAGAUUGGCUAGAUUUAGUAAAUACUGGCGAAUUCAGAUCUCAUGGUUGUUUUCCUGCUAUUUUCCCUUGGAAUAUUACUUUUGACAUCAACUCUUCUGCACGAAUCUAUUCUUUAUUCCCGUUGAACCUUCAUGAUCAGCUGUUUGACGUAGGUGUUCCGGCGUUUUACACUGUUGCAUUUCCAGGGAUAUUUACUUUUAUAUUUUGCCUGGAGUAGGAUGGCUUCCAGACCAAAACAAAGACGAACUAAACCUGCGUCCAAUCCAACCAUUGUUCCUGCAGCUGAACAAGUCACCGCUCAACCAGGUCCAAGCUCCCCCUUGCCUGAUGUUAGUGUCAUAUUCCAGACAUGCAUGGCACAAGUCAUGCCGACUAUAGAGGACACUUUUAAAAAGUGCAUGGAAAAUUAUUUCCAACAAACUCCUUCAUCGACUGCCAGGUCUCCAAGUGCCAACCUUUCGCAGUCUCCACCAGCUCCGUCCCUUCUACAAGAACUUACAGGAGACAUCCAGCAAGGGAUCUUGGGUGGGAGAGGGGGCUCUCUUGGCUAAGACCGACCUAGAAAAUGCUUACAAGCAAAUACCUAUUCAUCCUGGCGACUUUGAGCUGCUAGGCUUUCGGAUAUCCGGUUCCUUUUUCUACGAUAAGACAUUACCUUUUGGUUUAAGCUAUACUUGUCAACUUUUCGAGAAAUUCAGUUCAGCUUUGCAGUGGAUUCUAGAAAACAAAUUUCAGGUACCUACUUGUGUGCAUGUUCUAGAUGAUUUCCUGUUCAUUGGUCCCCCAAACUCUUCAAUAUGCUACAGUUCACUUUUGGCCUUCUACUCUUUAGCUAGAGACCUUAAUCUCCCGAUUAAGUCUGAGAAAACAGUAUACCCAGCAACAACUUUAACUGUUUUUGGGCCUCGAGUUGGAUACUAUUAAGUUUGAGGUUAGACUACCAUCUGACAAGUUAGAACAUUUAAAGUCUGAAAUCCAGAUUUUCCAAAAUAAACGAACUGCUACUCUCCAUCAGUUACAAUAUCUUAUUGGUUCAUUGAAUUGUGCUUGUGCAGUUGUUCCACCGGGCCGGGCGUUUCUUAGACGAAUGAUUGACCUUACCCGGGGUCUUCAGAAGCCUGGUCAUCAUAGGCGUCUUGAUAAAGAAGCACGCGCAGAUUUGCAGGCAUGGGCAGUUUUCUUGAAACAUUUCAAUGGCAAAGGUUUGUUCCCUUCUGGGGUUCAACACACAUCUUCGUCAUUGCACCUGUUUACAGAUGCAAGUAACAUAGGUUUCGGUUGUGUGUUAGGUUGUAAAUGGUUUUAUGGUCCUUUCGCUAAGGAUUGGAUUAGUUACCACAUAUCAGUUCGGGAGUUUCUACCUAUCGUCAUGCAUUUGACCUAUGGGGUAGCCAGUUAAGUAACAGCACAGUAGUUGUACAUUCUGACAACAUAGGGGUAGUACACGUUAUCAACAAAAAAUCCUCACGAGAUCCUUUUCUCAUGUAGCUUAUGCGGAGACUUAUGGUAAUUUCCUUGAAGCAUAACAUUUACUUCAAGGCCCAACAUAUCCAGGGUAUCAGUAAUAUAGCUGAGGAUUUACUCUCUCGAUUGCAGGUUCAAAAGUUCAAAGCACGGUUCCCAUAUAUGGACCAUAAAUGUACCGCUGUGGACCCCACCCUGAUAACUCUCUGACAAGGACGUCAGAGUUUUUGCUGUUUAAUUCAUUAUCUCCAACUACUAUAACGGCCUAUAAGUCUGCUUUUCAGUCUUAUAAAUCUUUCGUAAUGCAAGUUUAUGGUCGCAAUACUCCUCUCUUUCCACCUCUCUUAACACAUCUCGUUAGUUUCAUUGCUCAUUGCUAUCAGAUGAAUUUAGCUGUAUCCACGACUCUCACAACCUUAUCCGCCCUCAGCUUUAUUUUCAAGCUAAGUGCCAGCGAAGACUUAACUCAACAUUUUUUAAUCAAGAAAAUGAUCCAAGGUUUCAAAAAUGCCAAACCAACUUGUGAUCCAAGGCCUCCCAUUACCCCGGUUAUUCUCGGUAAAUUGAUACAGGCCUUGCCUUUUACUACUGAUUCCAUUUUUUCAAAAACUAUGCUUCAUGCUAUGGUUGUAUUAGUCUUCUGUGCCUUUUUAAGAGUAGGGGAAAUUACUAAAACCCAUAAUAAAAAAUCUCAUUAUCUCCUUUUCAGAAACGUAGCUAGUGGAAUUGACGCUAACAAUCGUGGCGUUAUUGACAUCACCCUUCCUCAUUUCAAACAUUCCAAGUUUUCUACUACUAUCCAUUUACAGCAAAAUCGUCCCAAUUCCUUACUUUGUCCCUAUAAAACCCUGCUCGACUAUAUCUUCAUCAGAAAACAUUCUUCCCCAGGGUCCCCUCUUUUCUCCUUUAUGGAUGAUUCACCUGUUUUACGGCAUUACUUUACGACUCAACUUCGUGCUGCCCUUCUUUUUUGUAAGUUAGACCUGGUACGGUACCAGGCUCAUAGCUUUAGAAUAGGAGCAGCAACAACGGCAGCUGCCACGGGUUACACUGAAGUUCAAAUUCAAAAGAUGAGCCGUUGGAACUCUGAUGCCUUUAAAAAGUAUAUUCGUAUCCCCUCCAUUACCUUGGGCUAAAAGCCUGUGGCUUAUAUGCACUGUGCUUGGUUCUCAAGUGAUAUAUCUGACUCUUCAGGCAGGAGCUCCAGCCUGUAAAACACCCGUUACCUAGAGACAGGGGCUCUAGCUAAUCCUUCUGUUCCUAGAGACAGAGGAUCUAGCUAAUCCUUCUGUUCCUAGAGACAGAGGAUCUAGCUAAUUCUUCUGUUCCUAGAGACAGGGGCUCUAGGUAAUUUGUACCCCUGGUAUAUCACGUCUUAGUUCAUUACAUGUACCUGCCCUCAUCCUUGGUCUUUAAUGUUUUACCCACCUUGUACUGUGGCUGUGUGAUGGGUUGGCAACAAGCCAGG